AUGAUUUUGUGCUUUGAAAUUUUUGUUCAGAUUGAGACUCGAUACUCCUAGCGCAGUUGGUAGAGAAUGAGAUGAACAAGAGAUUGAAAGAAGGAACUUACAAAGGAAAGAAAUUCAAUGCUAUCUGCCACUUCUUUGGCUAUCAGGCCCGGGGUUCUUUACCAUUGAAGUUUGACUGUGAAUAUGCCUAUGUUCUUGGGCACAUCUGCUAUCACAUUCUAGCUGCCGGUUUGAAUGGAUACAUGGCAACUGUGACCAACCUGAAAAAUCCCGUGAACAAGUGGCGAUGUGGUGCUGCUCCAAUUAUAGUAUGUUCUCUGUUCUAUUUAAUUAGAUCAAAAUGCUCGUUAGUUCUGAUUCCUACAAGGAAAUGUCAGAGAUUGUUCCCAGCAGCAAAAAUGGAGAAAUUGGAAGUUUCAUACAAAAAUGAAAUCAGCUUACCUUUUACCUCAACAGGAAAAAAGGGAUCUUCAGUGCUGCCUUCUAAUUCUUCGUGGUGUUUUCUCAUAAAAAGAAAAUUUCUUUCUUUAAUUUACAAGUGUAGAUUCUACCAAAGAAAGCGGCUGCUUUACGGGUCAUUUAUAUCUCAAAUUAUCAUGCCUUAA